CUUAUACCGUUCAGUAUGGUCUAUCAGAACACCCAGGGUCGAAAGGUUGCCAUCCUUCUCAUGGCAAUGGCAACCCUUACGGCGCAUAUGGCAGAGGCCGUUCCCAAAAGAGUGGCAAAUCGGAUGGUUCCCAGUUGGUGGACUACCGUGAGGAACGUGUGCUGGUCGGCAGCUGAUUGCAACGGCGACGAGUGUUGUGCCAGACCCAUGCUCUCCGCCAACGCCUAUUGCAUGCCACUCAGAACGCGAGGUCAAGUGUGUGACGCCUCGCCUCUCAUGCUCAGCAUUACCUCUGGGGUAUACUUCAGCGACUGUCCUUGUCACGACAACCUCACCUGCGCCGCCUUGAGUAACAACUCGAAGUCCCAGUGCGUGGACCUCAGAAGCCUCGAGAUCGACUACAGGAGAUUAGCCGGCCUCCAUAACCUCCUCAGCGGAGAAAAUAACUAAGUUUUUCGUUCGUAUUUUGGCAUUUGGGGCCUUCGUCUGGAUGGAAAGUGGAGAGAGGGUGAUGGAGAGGAGUGGUGGAGGAAGGUGGAGUGAGGGAGAGAGAAAGGGGUGAAUGGAGAAGAGAUAAAGCGAGAGGGAGAUGAAAGGGAAGGGAG